AUGCAGGGGACGGGCUGCAGCAGGGGUCAGGGGCACUGCAAGACGGAGGGGCUGGGGGCAGUGGGCAGCGGGGCUCUUGGGAGCCUGGGCUGCGCGGGCACCGGGUUGGACUCUGUGGGGGCGCCAUCCCUGGCCAGCCCUGCACGCCCACGCCACGGCCCCCACCCCGCCUGCGGGAGCAGGCUGGGAGGUGGCUGCGCCCGCCUCGGCCACGGCCGUGAGUCAGGCUCCGGCUGCAGCCGCGCGGCCGGGCUGGCGCUGCGGAGCGAGCGCAGACAGCGGGGAGGCAGCGCCGCCAGCCCCGCGCCCUCCCCGCCCCCCGCUCCGCGGCGUCUCCGCACCGAGGCUGGGACGCUAGGACGCGGAGCCGCCGGACACACAGCGGCCCGCGGGACGGCGGAAGGACGCGCAGACGGAGCGCCGGGGUCGGACCCGCCAGCCCAGGAGUCGCCCCACAGGCUGGGUGGCUCCCUGCGAGUGCGCGCGCUUGGUGUCCCGGUGCCGCUUCGGCCGGGGGUUGGCGGCGGGGACGUCGUUGCGCGCGAGUUGGGAGCCCCCGCAGCCUCCACGGCCCAGGGCCUCGGCCAGUGCCCAGCCCUGCUGGGAGUCCCGGCCAGCACCACGGACGGCGCCCCGGAAGCCCGAGUGCCCCUGGACGGGGCCUUCUGGAUCCCCAGGCCCCCGGCAGGUUCGCCCAAGGGCUGCUUCGCCUGUGUGGCCAAGCCGCCCGCCCUGCAGGCGCCGGUGGGCCCGGCCCCGGAACCCUCGGCCUCGCCGCCCAUGGCGCCCACGCUGUUCCCCACGGAGCCCAAGGGCGGCAAGACGGACAGCGUGCGGGUCGGUGGUGUGCCCCCGGUCUGCAAGCACCUUGCGGAGAAGAAGACGAUGACCAACCCCGCGACGGUCAUCGAAGUGUGCCCCGACACCAGCGAGGUGAACGACUACUACCUGUGGUCCAUCUUCAACUUCGUCUACCUCAACUUCUGCUGCCUGGGCUUCAUCGCUUUGGCCUAUUCCCUCAAGGUCCGAGACAAGAAGCUUCUCAACGACCUGAACGGGGCGGUGGAAGAUGCCAAGACGGCCCGGCUGUUCAACAUCACCAGCUCCGCGCUGGCCGCCUCCUGCAUCGUCCUGGUCUUCAUCUUCCUGCGGUACCCGCUCACCGACUACUGAGGCGCCGGGAAGGGUUCCACGGCACGACCCAUUCGGCGUGCAAGGGAGCCGUGGUUGGGGGACACGGGCCCCGGGACC